AUGACAUCGAAAGAAGCUGACAGUCCGCAACCGCCAUCUGUCGCGUUGUCCAAGGCUUCGAGCAACGUAUCGACGUCUGCUUCGGCAGCCUCAACUGAGGAUAAUUUAGCGACGACAGAAUUUAUCCCAAUAGAAUUGAGCUCUUCCGAUCCUUCGCAGAUGAUGCAUGAGCUCUCUAGUCGUCACUAUGUGCCAGAAAUUCUUGUCAAGUCGUUGUUUGAUCUCAACUCCCGCAAUAAAUCGUCCGAUGGAAGGCUUCAGUCCAAUGAUCGAGAAUUCAUACUGAAUUUGGAAGAUGAGAUUGUUGAGUUUAUAGUGAAACCCAACGUGGACUCAUGGAAGCUGACACCUUUGAAUUCCUAUUAUCGUCUUCUCACCCACAAGCUUGCCGAGUACUAUAACUUGGGCCAUAUUCUUUCGAAUGAUGGUUAUUCCAUGGUACUUUUCAAAAUUAAUACCUCUUUGGUCAAUGCUGAUGACGAAAUAAAAAAGACUGCCAAGUUUGACCAGGACGGUAAUAUCAAACCGCUUGAUUUUAGGAACUUGAAAUUUGACCCCGUUGAGAAAUUGAGUCGUAUUAAACUUGCCGAGCUCUACAAUGCUUAUAAGGACAGUUUCCAUUGCGUAGAUACGCCGCAUCUGCAGGUGAGCCCAGAAACAUCCACUUCGAUGACCAAUGCUACAGCUCCGGAACUUUCUGAAACCUUUCGCGGGUUGAAUAUUUCAUCAAGUCAGCUUCCUCCUCAACUGUUUAUGCAAGAUGGCGACGGUCACUACAGCAUUCGUAUUAUGAAGCGUAGGUCACAGAAUAUGGUCCGCUCAAUGCCACGUACGAUGGGUUCACAUUCAUCUUCUUCGCAUAUUUCCACAUCCGCGGCAAGUGCCACGACGUCUAUUCAUGGUAUUCAGGAAGACAGACUGGACCGUGAGCAGCGAUAUAAUCAAGCUAAGGAGCGUAUCGAGCGUGAACAAGGUGAUGAUGUUGAUGAAGACGAUGCUGAAGAUAGUGAAAGCAGCAACAGUAAUGAUAAAAAUUGCAGUCGUAAUUAUACCGACUCUUUGGUAUCUGACGAGGAAGGCCCCGUCAAUUCCAGCAGUAGCAACAAUGACGGCAGUUUUGCACCAACUGAACACAGAAGGGGUGGAUAUCGAGGAGGAUCUCGUCAAAGGGAUGGUUUUCAUAGCUACAACUACAGAAAUGGUGGUGGGCAAGGCUCUUCGUUUAAUAACAAUGGCUACGGACAACCUAUGUACAUUCCUUCGCCGCCACCUUCUGCACAACAGAUACAGUCGCAGCAACAGCCGUCCCGUUCUGGUAUGGCUCCUUACCCUUACUUUAGUCCUUACAUGUAUGCAUACCAGUAUUUUCCCCAGCCUCAAUCCACUACAGCUUCGGCUCCCGGUUCCCCUGGUCAAGGUCCAGUAGGAUCUCAAGGACCUCAUAUGCCUCAGAUUGCGCAGAUGGCUCAGAUAGCCCAGCUGCCUCAGGGAAGUCAGUUGUCUCCUGUUCCUCAGGUACCUCGGGUACCUCAGCUGUCGCCCAUUCCCCAGCUGUCUCCUGUUCCUCAACUUUCUCCUGUUCCCCAGAUGCAAUCAGCGGGUAACUCACCGAAUUCCUCAACUUUAUACCCAUACUAUUAUCUGCCUCAGCCAAUGCCAUACGCGCCCGCAGCGCUGCCGAAAGCUCAAUUCAAGCAGACAAAGAAUACUGAUAAUAGUAACGAAGAGAAUGAAGAAGGAGGAGACGAGAAUACAGAAAGAGCACAGUUGCAGCCGCCAACUGCUUCUUCUGAAGCUAAUAAAGUUGGAGGAAUCAAUGAUAUCGUAUCUACGAAUACUCCUAGUACAUCGCCGUUGCCACCUCCUGGCACGCAGUUCCAGUACUUCUAUCCAUCACCAUUCAUGGGACCACCAGGCUCUGGUGUUCCGGCUGGAAUUCCUCCCGCGAUGGGAGGAGCAGGACCAGGGGGUCUGCAAGGUCCCCAACAACAAUUUAUUCCUCCUUUCUACUACAACAAUGCAAUCGGACCUCGGUAUGGGAGUGGAAAUAACAACAGUAAUAAGAAAGGAGGUCAUAGGCAUCAGCAAUAUAGAAGAUAUAACAAUUAUGGACGAGGUCGUGGUGGAAAUAGAGGAGAAAGCUACAAUAAUGAUAAUGGUGUGUUUAUUGACCGGCGAUCUAGCCGAAAAGGGAAUCACCACGAUAGUACUACCAAUGAAGAUGUUACACCUAAUGAUACAAGCAAUGUGGCAAAAGUAGUGAAUGCAAGCGGUGCAAGCAAUGAAGACGCUGAAUAG